GCUGCUGCUCAUUUCACAAAGCGUCCAUCCCUCUUGUGUGCUGAGAGAGAGAGAGAGAGUGUGAGUUAGUGAGUGUAUACGUAUACAUGUAUAUAUGUAUGUGUGUGUGUGUGAGUGUGAGAGAGAAGCUGUGAAAUUGGGUUGUUUGGUAAACAAGUUUACAAACAUUUAUCUCCAAGUCUGGGUCUGGCAGGAAUCAUCUUAGAGACAGAACCUGGUUCUCUGGGGUGUUAGACCACUGGGAUUAAAAAGACGGCACUGUGCUUUCCUACUUCACACCUCGUAAUCCUGAUGCCUUAGUCUGAUUCGUUUGCCCAAACGGAGUCCCUAUGACCUUUCCGGGUGGCCAGGAUGAUGUGUUUGCUGCAUCAGAAAAAGUUAGUUCUCUCCAUCCUGUUUUUGGUCAUUGUGCUUGGAUCCUACAUGAUGCGUUCAAGCUUGAAGAAGGCAGAAGAGCAGAUGAUUGUCCGCAACAGCUCUGUGAUUGAAAGUGUGCAUCACACAAUCAAAUCUCCAGAGGAACCCCUAAUACCAACCAAACCCAUAACUGAACCAACCAAACCCACAGCACCAGACUACUUUGGAGACAAAUACACCACUGAUGACGAUCUGUCACAAACUAGCUGCCCAAGCAGUAUUCGUAAAAAGGUGUUGCAGACUGACUUUGGUGAGAGGUUCUUGGCCAAAGUGCCAGUUCUGCAGUGGGUGAAGCAUUUCUCCGAGCCCGAAUAUAAGCGGUUACGCCACUAUCAUGGUGCUUAUGGAUGGGGUAAUGUCGAUUUAGAAGUUCUCAAAAAUUCAUUGGCCAUAUUGAACACCUCCGCUAAUCAGCUGAUGUUUGAUGACUGGGAGAAAAAGCAGAACAGAUCCCAGUGUAUCCGAUGUGCUGUGGUAGGAAAUGGGGGAAUCCUGAACGGCUCAAAGAAAGGGCAUGAGAUUGACCAGCAUGACUAUGUGUUCAGGACAAAUGGUGCGGUUAUUAAAGGGUUUGAGGAAGAUGUUGGCUCACGUACCUCUUUCUACACCUUCUCCACUAACACCUUGCGUAACUCUUUGAGAGGCUAUGCGAGUUUAGGUUUUCAUGCCCCCCCCAAGAGCAAGGAGACCAGGUACAUUUUCCUUCCUGAUCAUGACCGAGACUAUAUUCUCAUGAGGGCUGCAGCCAUGCACAUACCGGUCGCGACAGGAUCAGAGCAGGGUGUUGAGCCAAAGCAGUAUUUUGGAGAUGACGCGACUGUGGAGAAGUUCAAAAUGUACCACCCUGAUUUCAUCCGUUACCUUAGAAACAGGUUUCUGCGUUCACACGCUCUCGAUACCAAAUAUAAAGACAUCUACAGGCCGUCCACAGGAGCAGUGAUGCUGCUGGCCGCUCUUCAUACAUGUGAUGUGGUAAACGCGUAUGGAUUUAUGACCUUGGACUACCGACGUUAUUCAGACCAUUACUACGACAGAACAUUCCACCCAGUACUGUUCUAUGCCAACCAUGACCUGCAAAUGGAGUUGCGUCUUUGGCAGCAGCUGCACAAGGCAGGACUGAUAAAGCUCUAUAUGCGAACGUGAAUGUGGUGAGCUCUCUUGGACCCAAAGGAAAUGCAGCACAUUUGAUCCCUUGCAGGAAUAAAACCUUAUGAUGAUUAUGGCCUCUGGAUUUGGCCUGCCUCAGAUAAAUGGUGUUGAUGAAAAGGACAGUCAUUUUUUUUUUUUUUAUUGCCUCUUAAAUCUCUUCAGGAACUGGGACAGUGUUGCAGUGGCAGUAGCCUUUUAACUGAUUGCUCAUUCUGAUAUGUCAAUAGAAGAUGCCUUAAUGCAAAGUGAAAAUGGCAAGUGUUGGCCUAGAGGUGUGUGUGUCUGAGCGCGCGCAAAAUGAAGGGAGCGCUGUGCAAUGAUGGAUUGUAAUACAGUCCUGGAAGUUUUAACAUCAUUCAUCCACUGAAAAAAAAAAAAGACCAACCAUGUAUGUUGAGAAACUUUUAAAACGCUUCCGUGCCAAUUGUGG